UUGGAUUCGCCGGAUUUACGUGUCAGUUCUCCUUUUUGCAUGUUUAAGUUAAACUUCAUGAACUCCGAGAGCUAUACUUCAUCUUCUGCUCUUACCUAAAACUCCACUCUCCUUGUCCUGCUGUCCACCAAGAAGAACCCAAGAUCGUGAUUAGCGCGCUUCUUCUCUUCUCGCCCAAAGCUGCUCCUUCUGACUUCAAAUCGAAGCAACUCCGUCCUCGCCCUUUUGGUUUGUUUAUAGCGCGGUUCGUCUUCCUUGCUCUCCACCGCCAGGUAGCUCGAGACCAGAGGAGCGAGGAUGAGCGCCACCAAGUUCAUCAAGUGUGUGACUGUUGGAGACGGGGCUGUGGGGAAGACCUGCAUGCUCAUAUGUUACACCAGCAACAAGUUCCCCACUGACUACAUCCCGACUGUGUUCGAUAACUUCAGCGCUAAUGUCUCUGUUGAUGGCAGCAUCGUCAACUUAGGAUUGUGGGAUACUGCAGGACAAGAAGACUACAGCAGGUUGAGGCCGCUGAGCUAUAGAGGGGCAGAUAUAUUUGUUCUGGCUUUCUCGCUAAUCAGCAGGGCAAGCUACGAGAACGUUCUCAAGAAGUGGAUGCCUGAGCUUCGACGCUUUGCACCAAAUGUUCCUAUUGUUCUGGUUGGAACAAAACUAGAUCUUCGCGAAGACAAAGGAUAUCUUGCUGAUCAUCCAGGUGCAACUGCAAUAACUCCAGCUCAAGGAGAAGAGCUCAGGAAACAAAUUGGUGCUGCAGCAUACAUCGAGUGUAGCUCCAAGACACAACAGAACGUCAAGGCUGUCUUUGAUACUGCAAUCAAGGUAGUUCUUCAACCUCCACGAAGGAAGGAGGUACCCAAGAAGAAAAGUAAAAGAAGCUCUGGUUGUCUAAUGGCGAACUUCAUGUGUAGAGGCACUUGCGAUGCCUAAAACAGAUGAACUCAUCGUGGAACUUCAUGUGCGGAGGCACUUGUGAUGCCUAGAACAGAGAAGAAACUCAUCUUGGUACGCUGAUAGCUGCAGUAGCGAGCAAGUUAGCAGGAACUUGUGACACUACCGGGUCUCAUUCCCUGUGUUUCCUUCCCAUCGUUUUCGAAGGAAUCAGUUCCUUUCUGGUUUCUGUAAGAAGUAAUUAAUGUACACUUAAUAGUGCAAUUUUAGUCUCUAUUAGUAGUAUCUGAUAUUGAUGUA